AUAUCCAACGUUUAUGAAUAAUGAUCUGGUGGGCUUGAUCGGGCCACUGAUUCCCACACCACGACUGCAUUUCCUUAUGACUGGCUACACGCCUUUGACCAGUGACCAUGAGGGCGAGGUGGACCCGUCACAGGUGCAUAAGUCGCUGCAGCGCAUCAGAGAGCGCAAACUGGUGCAGUUCAUCCCGUGGGGCCCCGCCAGCAUCCAGGUGGCGCUGUCUCGCAAGUCACCCUAUGUUCCCACUGCCCAUCGGGUCUCCGGCCUCAUGCUCGCCAAUCACACCAACAUAUCAUCGCUGUUCGACAGAGCGCUGCAACAGUACGACAAACUGCGCAAACGCGAGGCGUUCCUGGAGCAGUUCCGGAAGGAGCGCAUGUUUAAGGACAGCCUGGAGGAGCUGGACGACUCGCGGGAAGUGGUGCAGGACUUGGUCGACGAGUACCACGCGGCAACACGAGCCGACUACCUCACCUGGAGGCCUUCCUCCAUGAUGCAGAGUGAAGAUUCAGCUAGUGCCAAAACGGAUAAUACCAAAACAGAAACUUGAAAAAUCUAACAAGAACAUAAUCGAUAAUAAUUAAACGAAUAAUAUGCCAUAU